AUGGACCCAUUGAAGUGCCUUUUUGAGAAGCCCGCUUUGAAUGGAAGAUUGUCAAGAUGGUUGAUCUUAUUGGCAAAAUUUGAUUUGAAGUACAUGGCUAGGAAAACUAUUAAGGGAAGUGUCAUGUCAGAUUUUUAUGCCGAGAAUCGUACAGAAGGGGAGGACGGUAAAGAGGAUUUUCCGGAUGAGAAUAUUUUGGAUGUUGAUCUAGGGACAUGGAAGAUGUACUUUGACGGAGCUGCAAACCAAUAUGGAAAUGGGAUAGGAAUAUUUUUGAUCACUCCUGAGGGAUCUCACAUACCUUUGGCAAUUAAAUUGAACUUUGAAGUGACUAAUAACAUGGCCGAAUAUAAAGCUUGCAUCACUGGAAUGGAAGCCCUUCAAGAUUUAAGGGUGAAAGAAGCCAAAGUUUUCGAGAAUUCAACUUUGGUUAUUGCUCAAGCACAGAAGUUAUGGAAAGUGAAGGAAGAAUAUUUGAAGCCUUAUCAACAAUACUUGGAAGACUUGAACAAGACCUUUGAUAAGAUUAAGUACACAAUCAUCCCUAGAGCUCAAAAUCAGUUUGCAGAUGCCCUAGCUACUUUAGCCUCCAUGGUUGAAAUACCUAAGGGAGUAUGGACAGGACCCUUGGAAAUUGAACAAAGUUGUGAGGAAGUGCACAAAAGGAAGUCUGAAGCUUCAAUAAUGGCCGUAAAGGAAGAGGAAGCUCCAUGA